UGGCGAAAAUAGCAUGGAAAGUGAUAUCUUAAUAAUACCGAAUCCUUAAUUAUCUCUUGAUUCAGGUACAACAAUCCUUCCGCCUUUUGCUAUAUGCAAUUUAUCUUUCCAUAAUUAUGGGUCACGUAUUACUCAUGCACGCACGCCACCUGCUCUCCAUCUUUACAAGUCAUGCUCUGCCAUUAAAAUGCCGCCGGAGAUCACAAGUAAACUGAUCAAACAUGGCGUCCACUACCUCACUCGUCCAACGCGGUCACGUUGCGGUUCUAGCAUUCCCCUUUGCAGCCCACCCCGGACUUCUGUUCGGCCUCGUGCGCCGCCUAGCCACCGCUGCGCCCAACGCGACUUUCACCUUUUUCAGCACCGCCAAGUCGAACGCUAAGGUAUUUGCGACCACCUCUGAAAUCCCCGGGAACAUCGAGCGCUGCGACGUGCCUGACGGCUUGCCGGAGGGCUACGUCUUUGCAGGGAAUGUGGAGGAAGAGAUCGGCAUGUUCCUCAAGUCCGCGCCGGAAAAUUUCAAGACAGCCGUGGCAGCAGCUGAUGGGAAGGAGUCAGGGAUGAGAGUCGGGUGCGUGGUGGCGGAUGCUUUCCUGUGGUUCUCCGGUGAAAUGGCGGCGGAGAUGGGGGUUUCUUGGGUGCCUGUUUGGACCUCCGGUGCUGCCUCGCUAUUACUCCACCUCUAUACUGACUUCAUCAGGGAAACUGUCGGACUCCAACCAGGACGUGAAGAAGAAAUUGUGACAUUCAUUCCUGGGUUGUCUGAGCUACGUCUCGGCGACAUGCCCAGUGGAAUCGUGACUGGAAACAUAGACUCACCAUUCGCAGUGAUGCUUCAUAACAUGGGUCGUGCGUUACAGAAAACCACCAUAAUGCCCAUCAAUUCCUUCGAAGAAUUGGAUCCACCCAUCAUAAAUCAUCUCAAAACAACAUUCUCAAACGUCCUCAACAUCGGUCCCUUCAACCUCACAUCCCCACCCCCCUCAUCCGACAACCUAGACCGCCACAACUGCAUCUCGUGGCUGGAUUCUCAACCCCCAAACUCAGUGGCAUAUCUAGCCUUCGGGACGGUGGCGACGCCACCACCCAACGAGUUAAACGCCAUUGCUGAAGCCCUGGAAGAGAGCAAAACUCCGUUUCUUUGGUCACUGGGUGAGAAGUUUACCAGCCAUCUCCCAGAAGGGUUCUUGGAGAGGACCAAAGGGUUUGGGAAAAUAGUGCCAUGGACACCUCAAGUUAAAGUGCUGGGACACGGUUCAAUCGGAGUGUUCAUAAAUCACGGCGGGUGGAACUCUGUUCUGGAGAGUAUUACUGCCGGGGUGCCCAUAAUUUGUAGGCCAUUUUUUGGGGAUCACCAUCUAAAUUGUUGGAUGGUUGAGAGGGUAUGGGGAAUUGGGGUGAGGGUUGAUGGGGGAGGUUUUACCAAGAAUGGAACAAUGGAUACCCUUGAAUUGGUCCUAUCUUGUGACACGGGGAAGGCAUUAAAGAGGCAAGUUGAAGUGUACAAAGAGCUUGUCCAAAGAGCUGUAGGGCCAAAGGGCAGCUCAACCCAAAGCUUCAACACAUUGUUAUUGAAGGUUAUCAGCGGUGAAAACCAUUGAAAUUUCAAUCAUUCAUCUCAUCUUAACGCAGCAGGCUUCACUACAUAGUGCAAGCAACGUGUAUACCACAUUAUUCACUGCACGUUUA